CUGAGUCACUGUGUGAGUCUAUUGGUCUUGAUGUGAGUUCAUGGGUGUUUGUGUGAGUCUAUGGGUGUACGUGUGAGUCAAUAGGUCCCUAUAUGAUUAUAUGGGUCACUGUGUGAGUCUAUGAGUGUUUGCGUGAGUUUAUAGGUAUCUGUGUCAAUCUAUUGGUUUCUAUGUGCGUCUCUGGAAUUCUUCAUGCGAGUUUAUGGAUCUUCAUCUAAAAGUAUAACAUUUAUCCUAAUUAAUAAUGGGAAUAAAAAAAUAUAUGCACGCAUAUUCUGGGCAGUUGUCAGAUGAAAAAUAGCUUCAAAGCCCUCCUGCAGUAUCGAUAAACAUUCUGAUUCUAAUAAAUAGUGGUUGGUCAUGUGAUUAACCAAUUGUAUCUCUAACAAUGUUGCUAAAGUGGUAACCAAUUAACACUGAUUGCUUCUUCAGGGAGACUCUCAGGAUGGUUGUUAUUGUGUGGGAGACCGCGCCCGGAGGACAUGUCGGUACCAAUUCCAGGCAAUGCUUCGAUAAGACAUCGAGAUCACUCUACAAGUUGACUGUAUGUUCGGCAUUAUUCGGUGUGCUGGUGUAUCUGAGCAUUGUCUAUUGGGUUCCCAGGCAGGGUAACUCCCGACUGGCACCACUCUACCACCACCAGCAGCAACCACGCCAACAGCACUACGAAGGUGCCAGCCACGUCCCUCCCCCGUCUCCGGCACACCCGCCAUCGCCCGCCUUCGCCCUCGAGGGCCGUCUGGGCUGUACCCCCCUGCAGUGGCCCCUGCCCCUGAAUAUCGAGCCGCUCCACUUCUCUUCGGCUGAGAGGACGGUGGCGAGGGUCGUGAAUGAAAGGCGCAGCGUCGCCGUGGGGGACUCGGUGAUGCUCCGCGUGGAGAUGAUGGACGGCACUGGCCGUCCGAAGGGCUACGGCUGCGACUUCCUCCUGGCUCGCGUCUACAACAUGGCCCUCGGCAACGCGGCCACAGGACAGGUGACGGACCAUGAUAAUGGCACAUACAGUGUGGAGUUCAUGUUCUGGUGGGCGGGCGAGAGCCGGCUGGAGGUCAAGGUAGUGCACCACAGUGAGGCCGUGGGCGUCCUGGAGAGGGCCAGAGAUUUUGUGAUGGACAAAGUGAGCUUCCGAGGCAACUUCGUUUCCGGGAAGGUGAAGAGGACAACUACUUGCCACUUCGUUCUGGAUGCCACCACCAUCGCCACCAAGGAUGUGUGCAGCUACGAUGAUGAUCUCCUGGGCGAGAGGUGGGCCUGUGAAAGGCCGGACAAUAUGUCAUGCGACGCCAUGCAGUACCAUUCGUCCUACGACAAGAAGCCCAGGAUAUUUGCCGACGAGAGAAAGGAACUCUUUAUAGGUGAACAGAUCUUGCCAAUGGAUAUUGUCUAUCAAGUACAAGAGGCAUCAGGAAGUGGUAACGUGACUGGCACGUCAUCAUCGAUGUCAUCGUCGUCUCGGCCCUGCGUUCCGGGCCUCGGCAACCCACGUCCAAACGGCCACUACAUCCACAACGCAUGGAGGUCCUCGAUCUGCGACAACCGGAACUUCGCCACGGCCCAGGAGGUCAGGUCGUGCCUCCAGAGCAAGGACGUCUAUCUCCUGGGUGACUCAACCAUCAGGCAGUGGUGGGACUAUCUGAGAAAGUUUAUUCCCGAUACGAAGAGUUCAGGCAUCCUGACUCGGGGCAAGAACCAGCUGAGGAUGGCAUUGAACACUGACAUGAACACCACGCUGCACUACUACUGCCACGGCUAUCCCGUGCUCACGCAGUACACGUUCACGAAGGACGUCGAGUACGUCUCAAAGCGAAUUGACGCUAUCGGAGGAGGGGACGGAGGAGGAGGAGGUGGAGGAGAAGGAGGGCGCGGAGUGGUCGUCGCAAUCAGCCUUGGCGCGCACUUUGUGCCCUUCCCACUGGCCAUCUUCCGUCGGAGGCUUCUGAACAUCAGGGCGGCGCUGCAGAGGCUGCAUGCCAGGAUCCCCGAGGCCACAGUGGUGGUGAAGCUGGCCAACACUCGUGAGACGGCCAACAACAUUGAACUGUACAGCAAUUGGAACACGUUUCGCUUCAACGACGUGACACUGGAGGCCUUCGGGGACCUCCGCGUGGCCUUCGUGGAUGCAUGGGAUAUGACGGCGGCGAUCGGCAUGCGGAUGGUUCACCCCACCGGCUGGGUCGUCAAGAAUGAGGUGGACAUGUUUUUGUCCUACGUCUGUUGAGCCUUCGGAUCCAUGACCGGUCCCUCGCCCUGUGUGUAUCAAUCUGUGCAUGCUCGGUGUGUAAACAUCAGCACUGGCGAGACAAAGGCAUGGUGCUGGCCACCCACCUCUUGGUGUGCUAUGCCGACCUUCAUAAGUGCUCGCUAACAGACUGUGAAGGCUAUAUGUUGGAUCUUUGUCGUUGUCUUUGUCGGCUCAGGAUGUGUUCUUCGUAGAUGGAGUACAUUACGAAACAGCGUUAGAGGAGGUCAUUAUAAAUGGUUCCAAUGGAGAUGCGUCACCUUUGUCGUUGUCUUUGUCGGCCUUCAGAAUGCGUUCUUCGUAAUAAUAAUGAUGCUGUACACCUUAUACAUGUAUUAAAUCAUAUUAUGAAUACAAAUAUGACAAUGA